AUGGUUGUUAAGAUCGGUAUCAAUGGUUUUGGUCGUAUCGGUCGCCUCGUUCUCCGAGAAUCAUUACGAAACCCAAACACUUGUGUUGUGGCUGUAAAUGAUCCUUUUAUGGACCUCGAAACUAUGGUAUUCAAUAUUGUUAUUGUCGCAUCUAUGGUUUAUCUUUUUAAAUACGAUUCAUCCCAUGGACGCUUUGAAGGUUCUGUUGAAGCCAGAAACGGAAAGUUCCACGUGAAUGAUCACGAGAUUUCCGUUUCUUCCGAAAAGAACCCUGCUGAUAUUAAAUGGGGCGAAGCCGGUGCUGACUACAUCGUUGAAUCUAGUGGCGCUUUCACAAGCGCCGAGAAGGCAUCUGCUCAUUUCCAUGUUGGUUUCAAUCAGGGAGCAAAAAAGGUUAUAAUUAGUUCACCUGCUGCCAAUGUGCCGAUGUUUGUAGUUGGUGUUAACUUGGAUGAAUACAAACCAGAAUACAAGAUCAUUUCUAAUGCCUCUUGUACUACAAACUGCUUGGCACCUCUCGCAAAGAUUAUCAACGAUAAAUUUGGUAUCGUUGAGGGAUUAAUGACCACCAUUCAUGCAACUACUGCAACCCAAAUAACCGAUUGGAGGAGGGGAAGGGGUGCAGCCCAAAAUAUUAUCCCAAGUUCAACAGGUGCAGCAAAAGCAGUCGGAAAGGUUAUUCCUUCUUUGAACAACAAACUUACCGGCAUGGCUUUCAGAAUUCCUACUGCAAUUGUUUCGGUUGUUGAUUUGACAGUACGAUUGGCAAGGGAGACGACUUAUGAAGAGAUUAAGGCCGUUGUCAAACAUGCUUCAGAACAUGAAUUGAAAGGAAUUCUUGAUUACACUGAAGAUCAGGUGGUAUCUACCGAUUUCGUCAGUGAUACUCACUCUGGUAUUUUCGACGCAAAGGCUGGUAUCCAAUUGAAUCCCACAUUUGUCAAACUCGUAGUCUGGUAUGAUAACGAAU